AUGUUCGCCAUAGCUAGGUCCUUACACCUCCGCCGGCAUCGCUCGAAGGCAUCGAGGCGGAUCGCCCUGAAGAUUUUCCGAGAAACAUUGCGGCUCCGGCCGGCCUGGAAGGAGACGGAUACCAGAUUCGCAGUAGAGUCCGGCAUCGACAAUGUCUUCCAAGAGUUUUCCUGCGAGUACGUACAGGCGACGCCAACAGGAAGCACUCCCAAGAGCGGCCCUGAGAUCAACCGCACGGGAGACCGUGAAGAUGUUCGGCGCCUCCACGCUGCCCUUGCCAGGAUAGGCUACAACGCCCGCACGAUACAGCGGAGGUUUGGCGUAAGCGAUGCACGGCGCCUGCCGGGACCAUACUACCUGCGGAAAAACUUCGACCACAACCAUGCGGCAGUCGUUUCAUCAAUGGGCCCAGCCAAGGAUGCCCUGGACGUGGCCAUCCGCCUUUUCCUCUUGGGGGUCGCGCUGCCUCGGGCGCAUGUAGAGGGGGCCCUCGGCCUCGAUUUACUGGAAGCCGCAGACCGGUUAGGCAUGGUGGGGGAGUGUCCCGUGGAUCCGCUGCUGAUGGUGUCGCUCGUGCAGCUCUUCCCGCUGGACGGAGAGGCGCUUCUACCGCCGCUGGCGACAGCAGCAGCAACACCACCACCACCACCAGGGCAAUCUCACCGGCCCAGAGGGACCGAUUCGUCGGAGGUGGAUGGAGGGGUGAUGUACAUCGGGCCCGACAGCAUCGGCCUCGUGCAGCACGUGCCUCCGAAGAGUCGCCGUGGGCAAGGCGAGAUGCCCGAAAGUGCGACGGUGGUUCCGCCGCAGGCACGGAGCGGGGGAGAGGACGGAAAAGGCUUGGACAGACAGUGUGUGGGCGGAGAAAGCGGAGGCCAGCGGCGGCGGCAUCGGGCGCCCGAAGAGAUACUAGACCUGUGCAGCGGGUCGGGGGUGCAGGGGAUCGCAGCGGCGGUACUGCGACGGGGAGAGGCGUCCGUUACCUGCGUGGACAUCAACCCGAGGGCGGUCAGGUUCUCGCGGUUCAACGCGCUGCUGAACGGUCUGGAUACCGGGGGUGGGGAACAGGAAGGGGGACGCUUCCGCGCCGUCGUUGGAGACCUCUACGGCGCCCUCGACUCAACGGUUGGCGAUCGUGUUUCCGCGGAUAGUGCGGGCGGUUUCCCCGACGCUGACGAUGACAACGACCUCAACGGAAGUGAAAGCGGCGGGCAUCAACCCAGCCCCGGCGACGGCACUAGUGGCGCCACUCCGACGACAAGGACUCCCGCCUCCUCCUCGUCCUCCUCCCUGUACGACCUCAUACUCGCCAACCCCCCAUUCGUGCCGGUGCCCCCAAGGCUCGCCUCGGCACGACGGCGGUACGACGUGUUCGCCUCCGGCGGCAGCAACGGCGAGGAGGUGAUCGAGGGGAUAUUCCGUGGGGCCUUCGACCGCCUCCGGCCCGGGAGCGGGCUCCUGGCGAUGGUUACCGAGCUGGCGAACCCUAGAGCGUUCGACGCCAAGCUUCGGCGCUGGAUUGGGGGCGAGGAGGAGGAGGGGAGAGAAAGUACAAGAGGCGACCAGUGCGGUGGUGGUCAGGAAUCGAUUGAGAGGACAGCGAGAGAGGAAGGGGCGGCAGGCGGCGGGGGCCGUGAGGGGAGAAGAGAGACCGACGACGUCGGGGGCCAUGAAAACGACAUCCAGAUGUCUGUCCGGCCUCAUGUCGAAUCACAAGAAUGUAAAACGGAAACCAGCAGCCGCCACAGCAGCCGCGACAACAGCAACAGCAGCAGCGGCAGCAGCCCCCCUGAGCAACGACGCGGCGACGUCGACGGCAACAAGCGCGGAACCGGCAGCGGCGGCGUCGACCCCGGCGCGCCGAGGGCGUGGGCGGGCACGGUGUUCCACGAGCGGCAGCCGUGGACGGCGAGGGAGUACGCCGAGAGGAGGGCCGGCAGCCCUCGCGAGGCGGAGGGGUGGGAACGGCACCUCAGGGGGGAGGGCAUCGAGGAGAUGGCGGCCGGCUUCGUAUUUGUCCGUCGCGGGGGCGGGCGUAGGCGGCCUCUAGCACCUGAAGGCUCUUCGCAUGCCGAGGGCACUCCUUUCGAGGCGGCGGAAGGUGGGGGGAUGGGUCCACCCGGGGAAUGGCAAGGUCGUGGUGGAGUCUCAUCCUGUGCUGGGGUUGGUGAGGGUGCCGUCGAGAUUCAGGGGGUUGAAAAGCUGUGGGCGCCGCACAACAUAGCUGCGGUGCAACACACGAAAGCUGCUUUGACGAGGCUGCAGAACGUAGAUCGAUGA